CUGCCGAACAAGCAUUGACUGCAUAUCACAACUGAACGUAUGAAGUUAUGCAUCGGGAUACUUACUUCAUCCACUCAUGCAGACGGAAAUAACCCAUUUCCCGCCGCCUCUCCCUUUCCCAGUCUUCCUCCUCCUUCCCCGGACAUCCCUAGGGUGAAUGUACUGGUACCUUCAACAAAAACAACAGAUGAAACGCAUGGAAAUGGAAACACCAAGUAUAAGUCAGGUAUCUAGUCAGAAAGAAAGAAUCAACAUCCUAGCUGGCCAGCCUCCCCGAAUGAACCUCACUUCAUAUUCCCAGGCCCAGAGAAGGGGGUAUCACCCGCCCAGCAGAGUCGAGACUGAGUUACAGUACAUACCAGUUCACCAGUAGCGACUCGGCUACACCCAAAGCUACUAGUUCAGGAGGCCGAAAAAUCGGUGGAUACAACAGUAUGGAUGGCUCUGGUGAAAUUGCGCCCGCGCACGUUCGAGUUCGGAAUUGGGGUCCAGAACCAUGCCGCCGUCAACUGGGACGCUCUGAUCGGCCUGAGUCUUUUCUAUUUUCUUCCUGGGCUACCAUCGUCGGAGUUAUGGCUCCUGGACAAAUUAGGUUUGAGGCUAUUGCUCGGGACUGUGAUUGUGGGGAUUUUGGUCCAUUACACUGUGUUGGAGUACGCUUCUCACCCCCCUAAGCUUACGGAGUAGGCUACAGCCUACAGCCCUUCUCAGGGGCGGAAGAGCAG